AUGACAUUGCACGUCCUCGAAAAGCUCAUAGUUGCCCAGCGCAAAUCUGUCUCAGAGACAAGAGACCAUGUGAGAGCCUUGAUCCUGAAGCUCGCACUGACCAAGGCAAGGAGUGAGGAUCCGUUGCUCCGGAUCCUCGAAGCCUUAGCAUCUCUCGAAAGAGCCGAAGCGGAGGACUUUAGAUCGCGAGGACAGAGCAUCACUGACUUGGUCUACAACCUCAUCAACGUCCGCAACGCCCAGGCCGCUCAACGAGGUGCCGACGCCGCUCAACAAGAAAGUCGAGAUCUAGGCCGAAUUAGUUGGAUCACCUUCAUCUCAGGGCCAUUGAUAGCUGUGUCGGGGAUCUUCGGGAUGAAUGUGGAUGUGCUCAUCAACAAGCCGCCUUCCAUACGGUGGUACUUUGUCGCAGUCAUUCCCUUCUCGGCUCUCGUACUUGCAGUAGCUUUUGUCUCCAUAAGAGUAAAUAAGCGUCGGGGUGCGAAAGGUUAG